AUGAAGCCUUGCACACCAUCCUGUGUGGAUUUGGGUUCUGAGUGUGAUCCCAGAGACCUUGAGAAGUUUCGGAGUGUGGUACGGAAGAGAGUGGCAGCCAAUGCCCGAGAGAGGAAGAGGAUGCAAGGCUUGAAUACAGCUUUCGACCAGCUGCGCAAAGUGGUUCCUCAGUGGGGUCAGGACAAGAAACUUUCAAAGUAUGAAACGUUGCAGAUGGCUCUGAGCUACAUUAUGGCCCUCAACCGCAUCCUGAGUGAUUCUAGUAGAAACAGCACCCCUCAGCGGCAAUGGCUGGAUCUGCAGGAUGACAGCCAACAAUCAGAGAGCUACCCCUGCAUCGUGAGGUACAGCUCACCCACUGAAAAUGAGUGCAUGUACACCUCCUUCCCUUACCAUUGCGAGGAUUUCCAAGUCCUGACUUAA